AUGACUGCCUCAGACGAGGAUAUUGAGAAGAAGGGCGUCACCGCCGUCGCCGCAGACAGGGGCGUUCCUGUAUACGACGAUGUCGCGGUCGGCACCUCGGAGAUCAGCCCUCUCAAGCGUAGUCUGCAGGGUCGUCAUAUGCAGAUGAUCGCUAUUGGUGGUUCCAUCGGUGCUGGUCUGUUCGUCGGUACUGGUAGUGCACUGAGCUCGGGAGGUCCUGGAGCUCUGCUAAUCUGUUACUUGAUUGUCGGUGUCAUGCUUUUGCUCACCAUUCAGGCGCUGGGAGAGUUGGCUGUCGUGUAUCCUGAAAACGGUGCUUUCUUCACUUAUUGUGUUCGGUUCAUCAGCCCUUCUUGGGGUUUCGCUGUCGGCUGGGACUAUGCUAUCAGUUGGCUCGUCAUCUUACCCUUCGAGAUCACCGCUGCCAGUAUUACGAUUCAAUAUUGGCGUGACGAUUUGAACGUUGGGAUAUGGAUUGCAGUCUUCUUGGUUGUCCUGUCUGCGAUCCAAGUAUUUGGCGUCCGUGGAUAUGGUGAAGUCGAAUUCGUUCUCGGCAUGAUCAAGGUCAUUGCAGUCAUCGGCUUCAUCAUCCUUGGUAUCGUGAUCGAUUGCGGUGGUGCUCCCAAGGGUGGAUACCUCGGUGCUCAUUACUGGCACAACCCUGGUGCUUUCACCGACUUCAAGGGCUUCUGCUCCGUGUUCGUGACUGCUGCCUUUGCCUUCUCCGGUACUGAGCUGGCUGGUCUUGCUGCUGCUGAGGCUGCCAAUCCCGCCAAGUCUGUGCCCAAGGCUACCAAGCAGGUCUUCUGGCGUAUCAUGAUCUUCUAUGUCCUGGGAACAUUCAUGGUUGGCCUGAUCGUCCCUCAUACCGCCGACUACCUGCUCAACUCCUCCGGUGCUAACACCAAGGCUUCUCCUUUCGUCGUCUCGAUCCAGAACGCCGGUAUCAAGGGUCUGCCGUCGGUGAUGAACGCUGUCAUCACCAUCUCCGUCGUCAGUGUCGCCAACUCUGCCACCUAUGGAUCCAGCCGAACUCUCCAGGCCCUCGCUGCCCGCGGUAUGGCACCCAAGUUCCUGGCGUACAUUGACAAGAAGGGUCGUCCCCUGUACUGUAUCCUCCUCCAGAUCCUCUUUGGUUUCCUUGCCUUCAUCAACGAGGCUUCGAGCACUGGUAACGUCAUCUUCAACUGGCUCCUGGCUCUGUCUGGUACCAUCUCCUUCUUCGUUUGGGGAAGUAUCUGCCUUGCUCAUGUCCGCUUCCGCGCUGGUUGGAAGCACCACGGUCGUGACGUCAGCGAACUGGCCUUUUCUGCUCCAUUCGGCGUGAUUGGAAGUUGGAUCGGUUUUGGUCUCAACGUGAUGUGUCUUGUCGCUGAGUUCUAUGUCUCGGUUGCUCCCAAGGAUGCGCAGAUCUUCUUUGAGAACUACCUUGCCGGCCCACUGAUCAUUGGCCUGUUCAUUUUCUGGAUGAUCUACACCAAGCUCAACAAGGAUCCCAAGCUCGACCGUGGUGCUUGGUUCGUGCAGGUGCAGGACAUGGAUAUCUUCAGUAACAUGCGUGACAGCGCCCUGGACGUUGAUCUGCCGCCCAAGGUUGUGUACAACACCUGGGGCGAGUGGUUCAAGGCGGCGCCCAUGAGAAUCGUUCGCUCGAUUUUCUAG